CAGUCCCAGGAAACCCCCAAUCCUGCCCCAAAGAAGAGAGAAGGACCCCCAAAUCCAACCCCUUGUUUAAACACAGCGGCGGCCACAGUUUCGCCUCCCCCCCCAGCUCCUCAGCCGCCCGCAGCGCCCCCUGGCAGCGCCGCAGCAAUGGCGGCCCCCACGGCCCAGGCGUGAGCCCGCCCGCCCGCCGCUGCCGGAGGGGAAAGAUGCCAGCUUCUCUAAGAAAACUGCGGCAAAUGGCUAUUUUUAUGGGAGUGUUCAGCGGUGGGGGAUGUGUGGUGAUGUAUAAUCUUAUGCAAAAAGGCUUUGCCAGGACCCAGUAUUAUCAGCAGGGUUUGGAGCAACUCAACAACAAUCCCACUGCCCUGGAAGCCCUGGGUGCUCCCCCUCUAAAGGUUCACAACAUCCGACUGACAGAUGGGAGUAACCGCGUGGACACAGAAAGAGCUCAGAUAAAGUUACCUGUAUCUGGAACAAAAUCAGCGGGGUACCUCUACAUUGACUCAGAAAUGGACCACUCCCGUCAAUGCUGGCGCCUUCAGGAUGUCACCUUGAAGCUCCGGGAUGGGCAGAAUAUUUCAGUCUACCAUUCCCCUGUGAAAAGCAUCAGUGUGCAAGGAGGCUAAUGGUCCAAGGCAGCUGCUUCUCCACCUCCUACUGAACCGAAGGAGACAUUAAUUGAUUGCAUCACGCUGUGCACAUGGAUGCACGCCGGUGUUGCAGAGGACGAUGUCCCCAAAGUGGAUGCUCUGAAGACAGUUUCAUCUCCAGCACUGACCUGUGUCAUUAUUGUCAUGUUUGUAUGUUCAGCAAAAGCCUCAAAUAAAGAUAUUGCAGCAAGAGUUGCUCUUCCAAAG